AUGCAAAGAGACAUGAAGGUGUUCGGUGCUGGGUGCCCAAACCAAAUGAGCCAACAGGGGAGGAGGGCAGCAGGAAACAGAAAGGAUAAGAUGGUGCCAAGAAGCAGCAGUCCAAUCAAUGUGUACGUCGAGCUCCCCUGCAUGAUUGAACAAGCUUUAUCCACAAUUGCAUGGAAUGAUUUGGAAGACUGUGCGUCUGUGGUGAGACGGCAGAGUGACUCCCUCUGCUCUCAGGUAAAUGAAUCUGAUGCAGAUGACCAAGAUUUUGGAGAUUAUGCACUGGAUUUCAUGGCAGAUUCUCCUGCCACGCUGGAGAGCAAUCUGUCUCCAGCUGAACUGGUGCCAUUUCAGGGAUGUGUCAUACCUCUCCUCACCCCUCAGCAGUAUUUCUCUCCAGAGGACAGUCUGAGCCACUCUUUCACAGAAGCGAGCGACCCAUCUGUCCAAUAUGGAGCUCCCUGGCAAGGCAUCGCCCAGUGCCAAGGCAGGGCGUUCGGAGACUCUAUGGAAGUCAACAAUCAGCUCCACGAGACUCUACACCGGCAACAAGAAGAGAUUGACUGCCUUCAGGAGAGAAACCUUCACCUCAGACAGCUGGCCAGCCGAGCUAAGCACCUGGCCUCAGUGCUUGAGAAACUGAUGACAGUCAGGGACCAAAGAGAACAAGUCAUACCUUGUGGUGAUAAAACUACACUGAGUCCCUGUAAGCGUCAACGACUGGAUGAAGGAUAUGACACAGAGUCUUCUGACACAGUGGAGGACAUGCUGAGGGACGUCAGCACACGCUGCAAUGCCGUCCUGCACAACGCUGCUACUGGAACAAGACUGCCACAGGAAUCAGAGACAAUACGCAUGUUUGGUGCAUUCUCAGGCCUAAAGACUUCUAUAUCAAAAGACAAUAGCAUGACGAUGGAUGCAUCAGAGCUUCAAGAGAGUGUCUCAUCCUUCAGAACGUCUGUGAGAGAACACAGCACCAUAAGGACUCAGGUGUUUCCUCAUGGACGUGCUUUCACUUCGAGGACUCAGCAAGGAGGAUAUCGGUUCCGCUGGCUUCCCAACGACAGCUGAAAUGAUGGUUAAAAGAUAUAAAAUGACAUCCAUUAAUGUUUCUAAUUAGUGAUGGAAGGAAGUGUGGGUGGCAGUUACUGUUAAUGCCUAACUUAUAAUCUAUAGGGAGAUCUGUAAAUGAUUCAAUGUCUUUCUCAGGUAGCCUGUAAGCCAAUCAGUCAGCUGCUGCCUG